AUGGAAGAGAAUACACCUGUCAUCUCUGAGAAGCAAGAGUAUUCCUGUGCUCGUUGUCGUCGUUUGAAAAAAAAAUGUACCAAAGAAUCUCCUGCUUGUUCACUUUGUUCUAGACUUCAUGUACCAUGUACCUAUCCCGGUAGAGCACCUAGGAGAACCAAAAAGGAGCUGGAAGAAGCAAUGAGAAGAGGUGAAUAUGUUCCCUCAAGACGUCGCAAAAAAACAUCAAAGGAGAACACUCCAACUACUAUAAUACCCUCAACACAAGAAGUAUUGCCCAAGAUAGACCCAUCAUCCUCACAGUACAAUAUCCCAUUAAUGACUAAACCAAAUCAAACAUCAAUUGUAAAUAACAACCUUGUAAGAGAAAACAGUAAUGUAUCUUUACCCUCCGUUACUGCAUUGUAUAAUGAUGUUUAUUCAAAUAUUGUGAGAACCCUUAAUCAUAAUAAUACGAAUCAGACAGACAAUUUACCAUUAUCUACAACAAAUACCAUAGGUACUACACCACCAGUAACAAAUCAACCUACGAAUGAUUCACCACUAUAUGAAAAUGUAUCCACCCUAAUCUCCUCUUUGAAUUCGCCAGUGAAUACAACCACUAAUAAUUCCACAACAGCUCUUAUUGCUGAAAACAUGGCUGUAAGAGCAGAUGAUAACAAAAAUAACAGUAUUAUCGGUAAUGAUAAUACCAUUCAUAGAACUCUGCCCAUCAACCCUGCAUCUGCAAUUGACGUAUCGACUAUGGAUAAAAUUGACCCGGCUCCUUUAUUAUCUGCAACUCUUUUAUCUCAACAACCACAAAAUCUACUGACUACAUUAAAUGGAAGGCAGACUAAUAUGACAAAUAUUCCAAGAGUCUCUUCGUUACCAUCAAUGCCAAUAGGACCUACAUUAUCCACUCCAUCUUCGAUGAAUUUUGGUGUCAAUAAUAAUAACAAUAAUAAUAGUAAUAUAGAUAACAUUGAUAGAUACACAUCAGAUCCUAAUUUCCAACAGAAUAAAAGAACAAAGUAUUCUUUAACAUCAUUAGAAAGUAUAAGAUUAUCUCCUAUAACAACAGUUCAACCUAUAUCCAAUAACAAUAUUAAUAAUAGCCAUUCAAUUACACCGCUUUCUCCAUCAAGUGUGAAUAACAGUAACAAUAACAACAGUGCUACUAAUACUGGACCAACACAAAUAAGUACCACUGUAACCACGCCUGAUACCAAGUAUAUUAAUGAAAAUAGUUAUAAUCACGUUAAUAUGAACAACAGUACUAAAGAAGGAGAAAAAGAAGGGGGAGAAGAAGUACAUGAACCAAUGAAAAAUACCACUCCAUAUAAUAUAGCCAACGUUGAAUCCAUCCCUAUUGAUUCUGCAUCUAUCGAGACUGCUACAUUGGGUACAAUCUUUAAAGGAGGACGUGUAGGGACAUGGGUUAAUGAAGAUGGUAGUCAAAAGCCUAUUGAUAGAAAUCUUUUAGAUAAGUCGAUUGCAGCGUACUUUAGACACAAUCAUAGAUUAUAUCCAAUGAUCGAUAAAGCCUCAUUUUUAAAGCAAGUAGCAAUGAUUGAAGAGUUUGAUUAUGAUAAAUUAGAUAAGAUACACGAUUCGGUCUUCAUUUUUAGGCUUUAUAUGGUGAUGGCUAUUGGAUGCACGACUCUUAGAAGAGCAGGAAUGCUGUUAGAAGAUGAAGAAGAAUUGAGCGAUCAUUUAGCAUUUUUGGCGAUGAAGAAGUUUUGUCAUGUGAUAAGUUUACAAAACAUAGAGACUGUGUGUUGUUUAUUGUUACUGGGUAUUUAUUCAUUUUUUGAACCCAAGGGUUGGUCUUCAUGGACUAUCAGUGGUAUAAUAAUGAGGCUGACUAUUGAAUUAGGAUUGAAUCGAGACUUAGUCAAAGAGAAAAUGAAACAUAUGACGAUAUUUGAAGUUGAAGCAAGGUAUCGCGUCUUUUGGAGUGCAUAUUGUUUUGAAAGAUUGAUUGCUACAUGUUUAGGCAGAGCCUCUGCGAUAAGUGACGAUGACGUUACUGUGCCGUUGCCACGUUCGUUGAAUGAAUCUGAGAAAGAGGACAUUGAUAUCACAAACACGAUGAUACGUCUUAGAAGAUUAGCGGGUAGAAUCUAUAAAGAGGUACAUUCGACGAGUGUGUCUAAGAAGAAAUUGACGGUGGAGGAAAGAAUUGAGAUAAUAAACGGAUUACGAAAAGAAUUGGAUACGAUAUUUGAGACGGAGAAACUGAAGAUGAAAAAACAUAAUGAUAAGAAUAUCAACAAACAGAUAACAAACACGAUAUCGUUCCACAGUUCGGACAUAUGGUUAGCGAUGAGACAUUCGCAGUUGAUGAUAUUAUUGUACAGACCAUCCAGUCUAAUCCCUAAACCACCUAUUGAAUCGCUCUCCAUAUUGGGCAAAUACUGUUUAAAAGCGUGGAAACAUACGUAUACAUUGUACCAAAAGAAGUUGUUACCUUUGAAUUGGAUAACGUUGUUUAGGACGUUAACGAUAUGUAAUAUUAUUUUGUAUUGUUUGUGCCAAUGGACCAUAGAUUUAAUUGAGAGUAAGAUAGAGAUACGACAAUGUGCAGAGAUUUUGGACCAUUUUGGAUCCAAGUGGAUAUUUGCGAAAAAAUGUGCAAAAGUGUUUACAAAUAUUAGCAAUACUAUAUUGGAGAUAAGUUUGAGUGACGGUAAAGUGCCAAACAUGGAUAAGUUGACUACGGAAGUGUUUGGAGCUAAUGACGCAUAUCAUGAGAUUCUAAAUGAAAAUAAUGUUGACGUAUCAUGGAUUGAUAAGCUGGUGUGA